AUGACCUUUACCACCACCCCCUCCCAAAUCUCCAUCCACCCCGAAUCUACCUCCUCCUCCGCUACUCACCACCUAAUCUUCAUGAUAACAGGUAAUCCCGGCCUGAUCAGCUACUACAAAACAUUCCUGCACGCCCUGCACCCCCUCCUCGGCUCCCCAACCCAGGACCCCCAAACCCUCUACCACAUCCACGGACAAUCCCUCGCCGGCUUUGUCGACUCUCCCUCUGACCCGAGAACGAUCCCAGAAUCAGUAACCCACCCGUACAGCCUGGAAGACCAAAUCACCUUCUCUCUCGCCUCCCUAACCGCCCUCCGCAUCCCGUCCGGCCCGCAAAGAGGCCAGCCCUACACGAGCGUGAUCCUGGUCGGGCAUUCUGUCGGCUCUUACAUCUUGCUUGAGAUCAUCACUCGCUUGGGUAGGUCCUCGCAUGUUAGGAUCGAGGCGGGGAUUCUGCUGUUUCCUACCGUGACGCACAUUGCGAAAUCGCCGAGCGGGCUGAAAAUUAGCACGUUGUUCCGGAUCCCGGAUUUUGCGAAGAGGGUCGGGACACUGGCGAAGGGACUGGUACUUCUGGUGCCGGGAGGAGUGUUGACGUGGCUGGUUGGACUUGUGACGAGGAUGCCGAGUGAUGCUGUGGAAGUCACGACGCAGUUCUUGAAGAGUAGAAUGGGAGUUUGGCAAGCAUUACAUAUGGCGAAAGACGAAAUGGACUUUAUCGCGGAAGACAGAUGGGACCAGGAUAUCUGGGGCAUCGAGCACGAGGACCCCGAUUCCAAGUCCGAAACACCACCGAAGUUGAUCUUCUACUUUGGCCAAAACGAUCACUGGGUAGCAGACCACACCCGCGAUGCACUCAUAGCUGCAAGAGGGGGUGGGGAAGGGGCGAGGAAGAGUUCCAAGCCAAUCAUGAUGAUCGACAAGGGCGGUAUCCCCCACGGAUUCUGCCACAGCGAGACGGUCGCUGAGAAAGUUGGUGUGUGGAUAAAUGAACUAAUGGCAGACUCAAAGUACUGA